AUGAAGACUUUUGGGAUUAUUUUCAUCUUUUUAUUAGCCAUUCUUACCUAUACUGCUUCGGCAGAUUUAGUAGACGUUUACAGCCCGGCAGAAGGCUCAACAAUUUAUAAACCGUUCAAAGCGAAGGUCGCAUGGGAAUUUGACGAGCUUCUUCUUGAUUCCGAGGUCUUAAUUAUAAUUUGGGGUUAUUUGUGUAAGCCAGGAGUCAUAUGCUAUCCUUAUUAUCAAAAUUUUUGGAACACAACUACAACAUUGUAUGCCAAAAAGGCUUAUAUUCCUACUUUUGACCUUCCUAUACAAUACUAUACAUAUAUUGCUGAAGUUUGUGUUGAUUCGCUUGAGGAAUGUUACGAAUCGG